GCGGCGGCACGGCGCUGCGCGGUAAAGAUGGCGGCCUCCGGCUGGGCGCGCGCGGCUGUGGUUGUUCUCUGUGUAUCUGAUCUGCUGCUGCUCCUGCUGCUGCCGCCUCGGGUCUUCGCCGCCGACGGCCCGGCCGAGACGCCCAGCGAGGCUACCCCACCUCCCCGAAAGAAGAAGAAGGAUAUUCGCGACUACAAUGAUGCGGACAUGGCUCGUCUUCUGGAACAGUGGGAGAAAGAUGACGACAUAGAAGAGGGAGACCUCCCCGAGCACAAGAGACCCUCCGCUCCUAUCGACUUCUCGCAGAUAGACCCGGGCAAGCCUGAGAGCAUACUGAAAAUGACGAAGAAGGGCAAGACUCUCAUGAUGUUUGUCACUGUGUCGGGAAGCCCCACCGAGAAGGAGACGGAGGAAAUCACGAGCCUCUGGCAGGGCAGCCUUUUCAACGCCAACUACGAUGUCCAGAGGUUCAUCGUGGGGUCAGACCGCGCUAUCUUCAUGCUUCGUGAUGGGAGCUAUGCCUGGGAGAUCAAGGACUUUUUGGUCAGUCAAGACAGGUGCGCUGAUGUAACUCUGGAGGGACAGGUGUAUCCUGGCAAAGGAGGAAGAAGCAAAGAGAAAAAUAAAACCAAGCAAGAGAAGGGCAAAAAGAAGAAGGAGGGAGAGCCAAAGUCCCAGGCUUCAAAGGAAGACAACCGAGCUGGGAGUAAAAGAGAAGAGCUGUGAGGGGCCGUGCUGCUCUGCAGGGGAGCGCACGCCGGGUUGGGGGCGGGUGUGGGGAACCGCACACGGAUGGAAUUCCAGUUUCUUCUAGAAAAGGUCUGCCACGUGACCAGUAUAAGAAUUACGGUGUCAAAGUUUCAGUAAGAAGGCAGAGGUUUUGUAAUUAACACGGGAUGCUGACACAUUGACGUUUACUAGAGAAAGCUGACGGGGUUGCUUUUUCCCAUUUAAAUGUUGGGGGGGCCGCCGAGCGGACUGUGGCACCGCUCCCCUCACCGCACCUGCUCCGGCCUGGCAGCCCGCUGUGUCCAUGCGUUCCAUUUUCCCUUAACCAAAAGGAUACCAGGUUCUAAACUUUAAAACUCUUGAUUUAAUUGAAUCAGGCUCUUUGUGCCGUGGACAUCACUACCAUGACUGUGAGCCUUGAAACAUGCCGUGGGAGCACCGGCAUCUCGGUACACAAUCAGGAUGUGUGAAGCACAGAUCUAUGCAGAAGAUGCAGAGCGCGGAGAAUAACGUAACUUGGAAAUCCUGAUAAUUCACUUUGCAUUUCUUGGACUUGAAUUCCUCUCAUCAGUUACAGAGAACUCUUGGUAUCUGUCAGGUUUUAUGGGGUCUGUCAGUUCAGGGGGUCUGUCAGAACAGAACUUCAUUUAGGAAAGAGUCAUGCUGGUGUUGAGAGCUGUGUGUGCCAUUUAAUGUGAUCAUUUUAAAGUGUGUAAAUCUGGCAUCAGCAGAGUCCUUUGCAGAGUGUAGCAGAAGACUUGAUAACCUCAUUCAUUUCCAAACUUUUUUUUUUUAUAAAGUGCCUAAAUUUGUGGUGUUUUUUGUAUGGUACUAGCGUGAUGUACUGCCUGUCUAAUUUUGCUGUUCUGUGUCAGAGCCCACUGUGAGGAAGAGCUGCAGAAUUUAUACACAGGUGUCAUUUUUAAGAACUAAAAUGAUUUGUUAAAAAAAAAACUUCCAUUGUGAUUUUAACAAAUUAAAAAUAGCGCAUGUUACACGGUUAGGAAACAUCCCUGAAGAAUAGUGCCAGGCGGAACGUCUUGUCUCCCCACUGCCACUGCCUUGCCCCGGUGGGAGCUACUGUUCAUUUGUUUAAAAAAAAAAAAUACACUUACUGGUUUAUAGUGAUGCAUA